UGUCAUCGUAGGCGUGUAGUGAACAGCUGAGCGCGAGCCGGAGCGCGAGUCCUGCGCGUCUGCACACAGAGCCGCCGAGUCCGCUUUGUCUUACCGACUCAGGACAAGACCGCACGGUCCUCACCGGAGACGCCAAUUAAACCGUUAUUACGCCAGAUGGGAAACGCUCUAUAAGAACAUCAGCAUCAUCUGUCUGCUGCCAUGACAACAGGCUGCUGCAGCCACUUUCCCGAGGUGUUAAUGGACCAUUCAGAUACUACGCCUCUCCGAAGCUCUACUGGACAUGAGUCUGUUCCAGUGGAGAGCUCAGAAUGCUGUGAACCCGCCCUUCCAGGGAAAGCUAUGGACUCUGAGACGAAUCCAUCGAGUGAGGAGGCCCAGUACUGGAAACAUAUGGCCCUGAAGGAUGGACAACUUAUGAACAGUGCAGUAUUAGCCAAACAGAGUGCUCUAGUGGAGAGACCAAUGUGUAGGAUCUGCCAUGAUGGAGGGGGACAGGAGGAGCUGCUGUCCCCAUGUGAGUGUGCAGGAACGCUGGGCACCAUCCACCGCAGCUGCUUGGAGCACUGGCUCUCAGCCUCCAGCACCAGCUUCUGUGAGCUCUGCCAUUUCCAGUUCAGUGUGCAGCGCAAGGCACGACCUCUCCUCGAGUGGCUUCGUAAUCCCGGGCUCCGUCAGGAGAAGCGCACGCUGUUCGGAGACAUGGUGUGUUUCCUGCUCAUCACGCCACUUGCAACAAUCUCAGGCUGGCUGUGUCUUCGAGGAGCUGUGGACCACCUUCACUUCUCCAGUAGACUGGAGGCUGUGGGCCUGAUUGCUCUCACUGUAGCUCUCUUCACCAUUUACCUCUUCUGGACCCUGGUGUCUCUCCGGUACCACUGCCGUCUGUAUAAUGAAUGGCGUCAGACUAAUCAAAGGGUGGUGCUUCUGCUUCCCAAGUCGCACAGGGAUUCCCUGGGAAAUCCGUCAGUGACAGGCCUGCUGAGCGUGAAACGACCAUCCAAAGAAUCUAUAGUGUGACUGCAUUUUACAGACUACAUGAACUCUAAAAGAGGAGGAUUGUUCAAAAAGGAAGGAGCAAAGACUAAGAAGAAACAGUGACACUGACGACACUGACUGCUGUUUAAUUCUAAAAAAUAAAGCUACUGAAGGAACCAUGGAUGUGUUUCAAGAGCUUUGAAGGGAACCAGCUGCCUAUGGACUUUAUUGUAGCAAGUUGCUUACAUUACCUGUGGAUGGACAUUAAGGACUAUUUUAUACAUUAUGGAUCCAUACUUUGACAUAAUUAUAUAUAAAUAUAUAUUUGGUGUGUUGACAUGUCUAUGAAUGUCCCACUGUCAUUCUUUUUUUUUAAUAAUUUUUUUUUCUCACACAGAAGGAGACUUUGGAAUUUGUAAAUGAAAUACAUGUAGUGUUUUAGAUAAGGAUUCUGAGUCAGGGAAUCUGCAAUAUAGGUACUUUCUCUGCUUUUUCCAUUGUAAAUGUACAAGUUAUUAUUAUUUCCAAGUUGUCAUUUGUGUUGAAGUACCUCAAGCUCAAUAAAAGAGAAAGACUAUCAA